AUGAUCAAGCUAAUUAACUUGUCAGCACUCUGCUUACUUCUCGCAGCCAUUAUUUUCGUCCACGCUGCCCCGAUAAACCCACCGACCAUUACCGCAAUAGACAACUCAACCGUGUACUGCCUAUUUCUCCCACCACAACCUGGUGGCGACAUUGCCAGCCAUGAAAACGACGCUGUGCCAUUCUGUACGCAAGCCACCCCCAAUGCACCCAAUGCUAAUAUCCUUCCCAGCGGAUUUAUUGUAACGAGCCACUAUGUUGUUGGAGAUGGCUUUGUUCAAGUAACCGGCAGAAUAGAUGGAUCUAAAUAUAACUUGAGUUCGACUGAUAUGGGUGGUCAAUAUGAUAGUGUAGGUGCUCCACCUGGAGCAACCUGUGCAGGAUCUAAAAAGUUCGUGGAACUGGUUGAGCCGGCAGACGGUUUCUUCUGUAUCCGUUGCUGUACUGAUUCUAGUAAAUGUAAUACCGGAAAGAGUACCGAAGGUUGUAAUACUGUCAUCCCUGGUGAUUAUACUUAA